CGAGUUGAAAACUCCCUUGGUGAGUUGGUAGUGUUCUGCUUGCUCGCUCGUUCCUUUUCCUUUGCUCGUUCUACUCCGCCCCCUGAUCGAAAAAGGCGACCUUGCAACAACUGUUCAGCCGAUUUUCAGCUCACUUAUUGAAAAAUGAGUCUUCUGAAGAACACCACCCUUGUGGCCCAGGCGCUCAGGCGGGUAUCCACUUCGUCCGUCAGGAGGGAAAAGAUCCAGUACUCUCCCUUGAGCCCUAAGGUCAAGGCUGCCCAGGAAAAAUUCCAGAUUCCUGAUGGCACCCCUGUCCACCUGAAGGGAGGAUUUACUGACCAGGUCAUCUAUCGUACCACCGUUCUUCUCAGCUUCGUUGGACUUGCAAUGGUCGGACAACUUAUCUACACCAUGAGUUUCCCCAAGAAGCAGUAGUUGAUCCUUGUUGAUUAAUAUGUAAAUAAUAAUAAAAUUGCACCACACAGGUGUCUAAUAGCAUUUAUGCCACAUUAACAA